UCUGCCUCUCUCUCUCUCUCUCUCUCGCCUCUCGAACCGAAACAAUGGAAGGAGGCCGCGCCCUUCUCUUACACUGUGCCGCCUCCGCCUUCUUCAUCCUCUCCGCCACCGUACUCUACCUCAACUGCGCCGCUGGCGCAGUCAACCACCCAUUCCUCCUCGCCUCGGCUUGCUUUGCCGUCGCCUCCGCGCUGCUCGCCUGGUUGCGCCUCCUCCGAAUCCGAUCUUCCCGCAAGGGUCUCCCCGUCCGAUGGUCUAUCGGUGCUUCACAAGAUACCUCGAGAAAAUUCUCCCGUAAGUGCGGGAAGGUCGCCCGAGAGGGGGUGGUUCUAUUCGGCAAUGGAGAUGUGUACGAAGGGGAGUUAUCCAGGGGACGGUGCCACGGGAGCGGGGUAUAUUACUUCUACGCGAAGGGGAGGUACGAGGGAGAUUGGAUCGACGGGAAGUACGAGGGGCACGGGAUCGAGAGCUGGGCGCGUGGGAGCCAGUACCUGGGGCAGUACCGGCAGGGGAUGCGACACGGCUUCGGGACGUACCGGUUCUACGAGGGAGACAGCUAUUCCGGAGAGUGGGUUGGCGGCCAGAGCCACGGAUGCGGCGUGCAAAGCUGCUCCGACGAUAGUUUCUACGCGGGCGAGUUCAAGGGCGGCGUCAAGCACGGCCUCGGCCGAUAUCGGUUCAGGAAUGGUGAUGAGUACGGCGGCGAAUACUUUGGCGACAAAAUCCACGGAUUUGGGGUUUACAAAUUUGCCAAUGGCCACCGCUACGAGGGCUCAUGGCAUGAGGGCAGGAGGCAGGGCUUCGGAACAUACACAUUUUGGAACGGCGAAGCAAGAUCUGGUGAAUGGGACAAUGGCACUUUAAGGAACAGGCUCCAAGCUUCAGAUCCUGCAAUCAAACGUGCUGUUGAGGCCGCGAGGAAGUUUGCAGAAGAUGCAGCUAAAAUUCCUCAGAUGGAGGAGCAAGUCAGAAAGGCCGUCUCAGCCGGAAACAAAGCUGCCAUAGUUGCUCGAGUCAUCGCCAUGAGGGCCGUUCAGAACCAGAAAGAAGGCAAAUUCUGCGACAUUAAUGUGUGAGUUUACACAUCCAACUUAGUGCAUUUUGUCACAACAUGAUAAACGCCUCUUGGUGUCAUUGGUGGCGAUCAGUUGUAAACACAUACGACUGUCCGACGUCAAUGGAGAGAACGUUAGAUAGAAAUCUAAAAGAAGCUGACACUAAGUGUUAGGAAUCUUGCUUAUAAAUCCUACACUCUCAGGGCUUGCACUGCGUAGUUAAGCCCUUUCCCAAUGUAGAAACUUUCAUUAUCAAGGAUUUGCAAAGCAAAUUGCUAAAUUCUGAUUCGUCUCACGAUCUCUGCUGCUUUUUGGGACGUGCUCGAGUUGAAAGUUGAAACUCGAAUGUGAAGCGCACUAGAGUAACAUGCCACUGUUGCAGAAUCUUACAGCCAUGUCGACAAGCUCCACCUACUCCCACCUGCAGUCCACUAAAGAAUGCAAUCGCUUAUGCAAUCCUGUUGACCUUGAUGGUUUUGUUUUUUCAAAUGGUCGAGCGUUUUUAACUAUGCACUUUCAUUUGAAAGUAUAUGAUGGACCUGCUUUUCCUUCUCAUGAAUGAAAAGUAAUGUUGAGUGAUUUGAACUCGAUC